AUGCGUGAGAAUUCAGUGUCUACAAAGGUACUUCCAUACAAGCUGUCCAACAGUAGCAAAAUAACAACAUCCAUACCAAAUGAGCUAGUUCUAUUGCGGAAUGCUUGCAUAACAUCAUCGGAUAGCUCUUCGUCCAAGGUUGAUAUCAUUACGUGUAUAGAUAUCUGGCUGAAAUAUGCUAACGGCUUGCUGACCUACAGAUCUCAGAUUGGCAACGCUGCAGCUCUCGUAGAAGAGGAAAUAGUGACAGCGUUAAUCAACGUGGCCACAUUCUAUCAAGACAUCGGCGUUGAAACAUUGCACAGGGCGUAUGAAUCUUCACAGCCAUCUAACAGCUUAUGGACAACUAGUGGGACUUACUUAAAGAGAGGGUUAGGAUUAAUCAGCUUUCUCAAGAAAACCUGUAAGAUAGGCACGACAAACGAUGACAAGGAGAUACAAGUUCUCGAUCUCACCAACCAGUUGUCUUUGGAAUUUCAAUUGUUACAAGAGCUAGGGAUUAUCAUUCUGGCGUUAUCUAAAUUGAGAUCCAAAGUUAGCAAAGAUGCUGUUGUGGACCUUGAGCCUCAAGAAUUGAAAGAUCUGGGCAAAUCCAGUGUCUUUUACGCCAAGCUUUGCAUUGGAUCUUAUAAUACUGCAUUACAAUGCCAAGGUGGACGAAUAGUAGACGGACUAUUUCUAAAUUUUUUGCAGAGUUUGAUAUAUCUAUUUUUAUCAAUUAACCAAUACAACAUUGAUGAAUGCGGAAUCGCUAUCGGAAUGUUACAGGAGUCGAUCAAGAAACUAUUAAGCAUAGUACCUAAUUCGCAACUUAAAGAACUGGACAUUUUAUCCUCAACCGAUACUACGAGAAAGAGGGAUCUCAUAAAAAUAGCCUUCAAAAGGAAAAUGCAUGCAUCUACCUCAAAAAAGCAACGUAUAUUUCAGAAAGCAGUAUCAUUUUCAUCCAAAAAUGAUAUGAUGUCUUUAUUAAGGUCUUCACUGGAUGAUUUUAUUGUUCCCCUGACGAUACUACUAAGAUACAGAUACCAAAGAACCAAUGAGAACUAUUCGUUCAAAACGGUAGAAAAUGACGUUGAUAAAUUGAAUGAACUCUUCCCGAGAGGAAAGUCGUCAGACUUUCAAGGUACUGAGUGGAGUUUUCAAGAUGAUCAUCUUACAUUUGAAAACUCGAACGGCACAACAAAUAACUGUAUUAACUAUUUUUAA